UUUCCUUUUGUAAACUGUACUGCAAAGUAAAAGUAAGAGAUAAAGGCGGAGAGCCCAGCUCGAGAGACCACACACAAGGGGAAAGGGUCUAUAAGGUGGAAAUUUUAUGCGUAUUAGUGCUGAGAAUCAACGGAGAGAAAGUCCCCCCUCCCUCCCUCUCUCUCUUCCACACGCGCGCACACACACAAAAGCAUUCUCAUUUUUAAGACAUGGAAUAUUAUGGUUGACACUGAUAAUAUCUAUUACUUGCUAGAUCUUUUUUCUGGCAUGUGCUAUGCGAUAUUUGCUGCUUCAAAUAAUGCUCUAGCUUUCAGUUAUUAGUGGAUCAAAGCUGACUGUCAAUGGAGGCAACUGAGACUCUAUCUAGGAGUUCUAACAAGAUAGGAGAUCGAUCAACCAGUGAUGUUGUUGUAAGACUACGAACAGAGGAUAGCCGUGAUGAGUGGAUAUACUGUCAUUCCGACAUCCUCAUAAGGAACAGCAAGUAUUUUGCUGACAGAUUAUCUGAAAGUUGGCCCACUUGUCAGAUAUUGGACUCUCGUAACUGUGUUGAAGUUUACUGCCAAGAAUCUGAUUUUGACUACCACAUCACUGUCCUUCGCCUCUUUUAUGUCCAUAUGAUUCAUUCAUUGACUGACAUGUGUGGUGGUGUCAAAAAUGCACUUGGUAUUCUCCGUGUGGCUGUGGAGCUUGGAUGCCCUCAAAUUAUUGCUGCUUGUGUGGGAUACUUGGAAGCAGUACCUUGGGAAGAAGCGGAGGAGGAAGAAAUUUUGAAAAUUAUACCAAGCAUGGGAUCACAAGCAGAAAUGAUUCUUGCUCGUCUUCAACCUGUAAAUCCAACAGCUAUAAAGAAUAUUUUUCUCUCAGCUAUUCGAUUUGCCACUUCAUCUCCCCCUUCACUCAUGACUGACCUAAAAACAUCCGCUCAGGAUCAGCUGGAGUAUAUGCUAACUGAAGAUGAUGAUGUCCCGCUGCUUAUAGCUGAUGAGGAGAUAAAGUUAGAAACCAAGGAAUGUAUCAUGAAACUUUUAGCCAGAUUUAAAAACCUAGUACUUUCCUUGCUUUCCACAGAAGAUUCAGUCUAUGAUACAUGUAGCAUGCUUUUGCUUCAAUCCUAUUUGACGGAUUUGUCUUGGGCUUGCCAAAUAUUGAUCAAGUUAGAAUUAAUGAGGGAACUAGUCAGCAGUUGGGUAGAGGCAUCUGAAAAUGUUGUAAACGUUGUUGAGCAAUUAUGUCCAGAAAGUGAUACUCUUGAAAUUAAGUUUAAGGUUAUUGAGGUGACUUCCAAGGUUUUAGAGGCAAUAGGAUAUGGCACAGUUAUUAUGCCAACUGUAAAACGUCUUCACAUGGUAAAAGUCUGGCUUCCAUUUGUCAGAGUUAUUAAACCUGUGAUCGAAUCUGCUAGAAGUGAUAGUAAGGAUGUUCCUAUCCUGAAAGUGGAUGUUGAGAUAUGGCAAUCCUUGGAGUCUGCAUUUGUUUCAAUAAUUCUUGCAUUGCCAUCGGGAGAUCAAGCAGAGAUUUUGACUGAAUGGUUGGAAAAUAAGCAUAUUAGGUACCCUGACCUAACGGAGGCUUUUGAGGUGUGGUGUUACAGAUCUAAGGUUGCCAGUAAGAGGCUGGCAUUGAUCGGAGGCACCAAUGGUAUGGGCAAAUCCGUAUAACUCUUCUCUGUUUCAUUUAUCUUCACACUAACUUUGACAGCUUUUAUCAAUUAGGCCGUAGGUUUCUCAAUGUGUUUUCUGUCUAGAAUAGAAUCUGCCCACUAUGGAUUCUCUGUUCUUUUGCUUUUGGUUUUAGUGGCCUGGGUGGAUAACUAGGACCAGUAGUUUAGUCAGUAGUGACUCUUGGCCCUUGUAUAUAAUGCGCUGCCAAGGCAUGACCACAUAUUUUGUGACAUUAUUGUGUAAAUGAGGUGGAGAUAUACGAAUUUCGGAAUCAUCAUGUUAAAACUUGUAUUUCUCUCA